AUGUCUGCACUACAAUUCCCGGAACAUCUCAAAAUGACGAAGCGUACCGGUUACGAUGAAAGUGAUAAGACCGACUCAACCGAGACCCGUCCGCUACUGAAGGCUGAGAGUCCAUCGCCCCCUGGCUCAUCCGAAUUGUCCAUGGCUGUCCGAGGUAACUCUAAUCCGAAGCUUAACGACGUUGAUGCAAUCCUCCCCGUCACUGGCGAGCCAGUGCUACAUAUCCUAGUGGCUGAACACGACCCUGUCACCAGAGCCCACCUGAAAUCAAAGUUGGAACAGUUAGGACAUGACGUGCAGGUGGUCGUCAACGGACAAGACUGUGUGUCGUUGUACCAUACAGUGCUAUUCGAUGGCAAUCUGCCUCCCUUUGACAUCGUUCUUAUGGGCAUAACUAUGGACCGUAUGAAUGGAAAUCGAGCCGUAGAGGAGAUUCGCGAAGCCGAGAAAAAUGAGUGGGCCUCUACGCCCUCCGGAGCCAACCUUCCUCGGCGUCAUGUUCCGGUCUUCGCCAUCUCGGGGGGGCACCAAAAUGAAAAUAGUCGUAUAUGUUUUACUGAACUUGAUUUCGAUGGCUGGAUCCCAAAGCCCAUUGACUAUGAUCGACUGGAAGUGAUCAUGAAGAGCAUGCUGUCGGAUGAUCUUCGAAACAAGACUGUUUGUACGGGUGAGACGUGGAGGGCUGGGGGCUGGUUUAGGGCAAAAGAGGAGUGA